AUGGUUCGCAGCACCAUCAUUGCACGCGCUACAGACGGCUUGCCGCUGGCUGCUUCAAACGACGAUGACGAGCAGAACGAUGCGAAGUUGCCCGAGUACAAGCAGCAAGCCAAGCUCAUCUUCCGACGACUGACGCCUCAAUCCGAGCCGAGAUGUUCGAUCGAGAGCGGCGCUUGCACCUUGCACUACCUCAUCGCCGACUCGAUCGUCUACCUCGUCAUCGCCGACCGCUCGUACCCCCGCAAACUCGCCUUCUCCUACCUCGCCGAACUCGCCACCGAAUUCUCGCGCUCCUACCCGCCCGAAAUGUCGCUCAAACCCGGCCUGCGACCAUACGCCUUUGUCAAGUUUGACACGUUCAUCCAGCGAACAAAGCGGUUGUACCUCGAUCCGCGAGGAGCAGAGGCGAGUGGGAAGGGCGGGCCGACUGCGAGCGGGUUGGACAGGUUGAACGAGGACUUGCAGGACGUCACGCGCAUCAUGACGAAGAACAUGGAGGACUUGUUGUGGCGAGGCGACUCGCUUGACCGCAUGUCGACCAUGUCGUCGUCGCUCCGCGACGAGUCGCUCAAGUACCGCAAGGCCGCGCGCAAGAUCAACGUUGACGCCAUGAUUCGCAAGUGGGCGCCGAUCGGAGUGCUCGGCCUGUUCUUCUUCGUAUUUGUGUGGUACCGAUUCUGGUAG